AUGGCGGAUAGUUCAUCAGCACGCCCCAAAUGCCGCCAAGACGUGUUGAAUUUAGUAUAUGGCUGGCGUGCAGUUAGAUUACUACUACCUCAGUAAACAGAAAUCAUUAACCGUGGAUGGACAGCUUCUUUCCCAUCCCACGUUGCCGACGAUGACCUGGGACCCAGGUGUGUGGAUUUUGGAAGUGGAUUGUGUGCUUGACUGGAGGGUAAUAAGGUAAUGUUAGACUUGCGCACUUGGCGUUUUUUGUUUGAGCCUCUGCUUUCUUGAUUUGCAUAAAGGUACCAGCAAGUAGAGUAAAUAUUAAUUGAGUCGUCUCGUUAUUAUCCUAAAAUGCCCAAAUGGUCGAUUUUAGGGCCUUAAAUGUCUUAGGAUGUCGGUAAGAUGUAGUGACUUAAUGCUUUACUAACUCGUUUAGGAUCCCACUCGUCAGUUAUCCGCGCACGAUAAUAACAAUGGCGUCUUUCAGAAACAUAAUCCAUUAGCUAUCUUAGCACAUCAGUUAGUGAAAAUGAUAUUGACUCAUGGAUAUUCGGAAAGAUAAUAUGAUGGGAAUAAGAAAGAAUUAUUAGACCAUCACCUAGCUUACCCUCCUCUUAUCCCAAUUCAGAUAGUAAAUCAACAGCUGAGGUUAGCUGCAGUUUAUUGUUAUGUUGAUAUUUUUAUCAACUGAGGUGACUUUAUCGACUUGCUAAUGUGAGAAAGCAAUAAAAUGAGAGAAUCUACGCAAAUAUAGCGAAUUGACUUUGUUUGAUUCGGCUUUUCCUCUCCAAGAGUCUCAAAAUAUUCUCUAAAUUCCACACGCCGAGAGGAUAUAAAGUAUCACCAUUGAAUUCAAUCAAAUGAAUAAAGGAGACUCCUUUAACGCUUAAAUUAAGAAGUAUUUGGAAGAUACAAACACAUUCACAAUAGCGUCGGGUUUGUUGAAGCUACAGCUGUUUCAAUAGUGGUAGAAGUGCACUCGAAAUAGAGUCUUGCAAUUUGUUUUAAGGUGUUACCUCUUAUGGAACCGCAUUUUAAAAAAAGUUAUGACCCAAUUUAAUUUUAUUCGUUUUACAAAAUUCAGCUUGAUUAAACUUCCCCAAAUGUAUUUAAGGAAAUCGAUUGAGUACUCAUUCGAGAGCGCAGUGUUAAAGUUGGAAUGCAAGCCUAAGUAAAGUUCAUUAUCUUUCAAAUGAAGCACACAUCAGAGUAAACACAGCAUGGCAAGCUGUCAAACUGGGUGCAUGCGUGUGACACUGCUUCAGUCUUGAAUAUUUACUCAAUAUAAUUACUCUGGCGCUCAGAGAUUUUGGAAAGAUCCCGAAUAUAUUUUAGAUAUAUAAAAACCUACCAUCAAAUUCAUUUAAUUCCUGAGUUAAGGUAAGCAACUUGGUGGUCAUAAUUUUCAUAUUUCACUUCCUCGUCACAUGAAGUAAGAUUAAUUUUUAACCUAUUUACAUUAUCAGUGAUUUCAAUGUUUCCAUGGGCAGGUUCUUUUUGAAUAUUCAUCUCAUGUAUUGCUGCCUUAAAAAACUGAAAGUUACCAUAUCUCAACAACCAUGAGAAUGUUACACCAAUUUACUUAGUGUCAGCCGAGGACAUUACAAAUGGUCACAUAUGAUAAUCGACAAAAGUAUACCGGCUCUGUAUUGAACCGCGAUCGCGGCUGUAACGAAUAUACUGAAAAAACACCGCUUUUAACUGAAUUUAAAUCUAAUUGCUUUGGUUAAACUAAACUGAAAUGAAAUCACGUAUUUGUAGGUGAUAGGAAAACCGCAAUCCAAGCUUUAAAAAUAGUUGCAACCCGUUAGAAAAUGACGAUUGGUAUCCUUGGAUUUUCCAGGCUAUCUAAGAGAAGAUAAUUUGAGAGCAGUCCUAAGCCUAGCCUUUCGAACUUCUUUGACCAAAUGAAGCUGUCAAAAAUGAGGUGUAUGUUAUGGGCUCUAUUCCUAUUAUAAACUUUUUGUAAUAGGAAUUGAGCUUAUCGCAUAAAAUUAAGUUAAACAAUGAUUCUCCGAUGACGAGUUGAAUAUUCAUAUAAAUUUCAAUGCGCAGUGCCAAAAAUUGUUUUUUGAAAUCAUUACUCAGUUUAUUGGCGCAGCCACUAAAAGAUUUUUUGAAAAGAAGUCCAUGUACCCUGCUUAUUCACUAGUUCUUUAUGGAACGAAAUCCUUUUUGUAGAAAGGGCAAUGCUAUUAGAUUUAACGAAAAGAGUAGGUGACCUUUUUCUAUUGUUUAUUAUUAUUAUUGUUAAUAUUUAUUAUUUCAGUUAUCUCAACCUGGAGUGGACGAAAUGAGUACUAGUUAUUUGUUAAGCGAAGCAUCUCUGCCCGAUAUGGUCUAUUGGCCCUUAAAGUCCGUCAUAGCAUUGGUAGCUGUUCUUGGCAAUGGAGUGGUUAUGUGGUUGAUCUGUACGAGAAGGCGUUUGCACUGUACAGCAAACUGGUUUGUUCUAUCAUUAGCUUCAGCGGACUUUUGUACCGGCUUGAUUGUUACACCAUCAGAGCUUUUUUGCCUUUGGAAAGCACAAAUGUGUAUCUGGCCACUUAAAGUACGCGCGUCGUUUUAUAACUAUCCAAUCAACGUAUCGAUAUACUGCCUCUGCGUGCUGACAUUUGACCGUUAUUUCUACGUGCUUAGGCCCUUACAAUAUACCAGAUGCAUGACCUCGAAACUAAUCGUAGGUCUUAUUUCCACGUCAUGGAUGUUUCCAGGAAUUUUAACCUUUGGCUCUCUUCUCUGGCUUGAAGCUCCAAAUCACAUUCAAGAAGAAGCUGAUAAAGUUUAUAUCUUAACACAAAUAUUUCUUGUCUCUUUUCUUCCGUCUAUCUUUCUGGUUUAUUCGUACAUUCGGAUACUUUUUGCAGCUAUGAAACAGCGACGACUAUCGGCCGAGCACAUCACUCAGUUGAGAUUUAAUGAAGGGAAUGCAGCCGAAAGUCGGCGAAAUCAAUCGCGUAGACGGCGCGAACGUUCCUCGACAGUCAAAGUGCUCGGUGCUGUCAUAGCCUUUUUUGUACUUUGUUGGAUCCCCUCUGUGUGUCGUGCAGUGUGUGGAACUUUUCAUUUGUGUAAUGUAUCUGAAGCCCUGGUCAAGUCCUCGCGGCUUCUUAUUUUAUUGAAUUCGGGAAUAAACUUCGUUGUUUAUGCGUUUCUGAAAAAGGAUAUCCGGGAAGAACUGUACUACGCGUGCAAAAGGCCAGCGAGAAGAUCGAAGGAAAACAUCUUGCUAGUAGAGCGAUCGUCUAGAGCCAGCAGUGAGUCGAAUCGUAACUCGAUAAGAAUGGUGCGAUGA